UUCAAGCUUUCAUUUGAAAUCUCGCUCGUCUGCGUGAUUUCGGACCAAAUUGACAAAAUGGUGGCGGACUCGCUUGUUUUUAUCUUUGCUCUCAUCGAUGACGCUCUUUUACUCUCGUUAACAGUUUAUUUUGUUAUCACACUCUCAGAUUUAGAAUGUGAUUAUUUAAAUGCAAGAUCGUGUUGUGGAAAAUUAAACAAGUGGGUGUUACCAGAAAUAGUUGCCCAUGGUUUGGUAUCAUUCAGUUUAAUAAUCUCUGGCCACUGGAUUUUAUUUUGUCUCUAUUCUGCAAUGACUGCUUGGGUGAUUUACACAUUUGUUUGCAUACCUUCUGGAAAUAUUGGAAUGUAUGAUCCAGCCGAAAUUCACAACAGACAGCAACUUAAGAACUGCAUGAGAGAAUGUCUUAUAAAAUUAGUGUUUCAUUUAGUUUUCUUUUUCGUCUUCCUGUAUAACAUGAUACUUUCACUCUUAACUGGAGAACCUGAAAUUGCUUGAACUACAUGAGACAGCAGUGGCAUUAACUUGUACAACAGAGGCUCCUGAUAAACUCCCGUAAAUUAUGUCUAGAUGUCUCCCUCUCACUAUCUUCCAACUAUCCUUGUUAGUGUCAUCUGGUUACAAUGGUUCUGUUGGCUGAUUUGCUUAAAUUCUUAUUUUGGUGUAUGUAUGAUACAGCUAUGAUCUUUUUUUUCGUAUUCUGCUCUCAGCAAUCUGAAGAAUUUUAGUCACUGUUUUGUACCGUGGGUAAAAUUCUUAAGAUUCUUCUUUACUUAAGAAAGAUGACUUGUCAUUUUUAUGUGACAACUUGAUUAUUAGCCAAGCGUAUUGGUAACUGACAGGACAACAGACAUCUUGAUAAAUGCUGUAUAUCACACCCACUUUGAUUCUCCGUUUAUUUCAUAAGUCACCAAUGCAGGAUGACUGUACAUUUCUGAUCCUUAUAUGCCAUGCACCAAGUGGAAUUUAUUAAAUAAUUCUUCAGGAAUGCAUAGAGACGUUUUAGUGCAAUAUUAUUCCAGAUAUGUAGUUUAUGGGAUUAAUCUCUUUUUGUUCCAAUGUUCAUGUUUACAAUUAUUUUACAAUCACUCCAACUUUACCUUCAGUUGACUCAAACUGUUGUUAAGAGUACAAUUUUUUGAAUUAUUUAGGAAUUUAUCAAGAAAUAUUUUUUGAAUUUGUUUCAAAUUAGCUCCAUUCAAAGACUGACAUUAUUGAAGCUAAGAGAACAUUUACUGAAUUUUGUUUCAGUUAAUCUCGCUUUUAAAAUUAAAAGCAAAAUAUUUUGAAAAUGAACAAAAAAGAUUUUCACAAGUACAAUUUUGUAGGGCACUUUAAAUUUAUUUUGAUAUAUUUUUAUUAUUAAUGGUUAUUAAGUUGUUUAUCCAAAUUGAUCGUCUAUAAGACUAAAUUUAUAAAAAUUAAUUCUUUUUAACCACCAAAAAAAAUUACAAAUUUUUUUUUUUUGUGCUUAAGAAAAGAAUGUAGAAAUACAUUUCAGAGUUAAUUGUUAAAUAUGCAAAUCAAUUGAUAAGGAUAGCAGUCUAAUCAAUAAAUUUAGAAGUUUGUAAAUCAUUAGAUAAGGAUAGCAGCCUAAUUAAUAUUUGGGGAGUUAAUUAUUUAUUAAAUAUGCAAAUUAGUCAGUAAUGGUAGCAGUGUAAUUAAUAUUUUCAUCACUCUGCUCAACCUUCCAAAUAGCUAUUUGCUGCUUUUCCCUAUCACUUAGUGUUGUAAUCUUUUAAAAAGUAUACUUCACACUCUCUAACAUUAUUUAUAAAGGAAAUAUAGCUUACUUUUCAGGAAAAUAUAUAAACUAUUAUGUUGUGUAAAUAAGUCUAUAAUUUCUCCUCUGAUGAACUCUGAAGUAAAAUCCAAUGCUUUUAAAUAGUAUUGACAACUGCUCAAUGGUCACAACACAUUACUAAACUUCUUUCAGUACACUUGUUUCUGCAUCACCUUUUUCACCUGUAAUUAUUGGAUAUCUGUCCCACCGAUUGGAAAUUAAUGCUUUUUAUCCUUGACUGCUGUUCAAAGGUUAUCUGACAGUGUCACAUAAAUGAGCCAUGGAAUAAAAUAUCACUAUUUUUCACUAAAUAAAUAUUUGUAUCAUU